AUGCCGCAUAAGCGCAGAGCGACUUCUAAACGGGUCUUUAUCAACAACAUCGACUCGUAUUCCUCCAGGAACAUCGCCAAGUUCCUAAGUAAGGUCGUUCUAAGGGUCAUGGAUGAAGAGGAGGAGCAGGAGGAGGAAGGGGAGGAGGUCCACCACAAUCACGCCUUUCAGAUGGUUGGAACUGUCUCUAAUCUGUCUGAUGAGCCCCCACCACACAUCUUGGAGGAAUACUGUCAUCCUAAAAAGGAAGAACUGCUGUCAAAUCUGAUGGAGUGUCAAGUUAUCAUCUACAAUAUUAGUCAGGAUGCCGAUCAGGUGGAGGAAGCUUCCUGGGCUGUUAAAGCCCUCCAUGAUCAAAAAGAACAUUUUACCAGUCUGAAGAUCUUUAUCCUCAUCUCCACUGUGAUGACGUGGGCUGCCAGCAUACCAUUGGAUCCAGAAGACCCAGAGCUUCCCUUCACUGAUGAGAUUUUCUACUGCAGAAGAGCUCAUCCUAACUUCAAAAAGCACAUUGACCUGGAGAAGAUAGUGGUGAAAGCCGGCAAAUCUAACAGAGAGAUCUUCUCCACCUAUGUGGUGGCAUCCGGCCUGCAGUACGGAAUGGGGGAAGGGAUCUUUCACUUCUUCUUCAAGGAAUCGUGGCUGGGAGAGGCAUCUGAAAUAUCCAUAUAUGGACAUGGAAAGAACAACAUUCCCACCAUCCACGUCACCGAUCUGGCCAGCGUGGUCCAGAAUGUAAUCGAAUAUCAGCCCAGACCCUACUACCUGCUAGCUGUGGACUUGUCACACAACACCUUGGAGCAGUUGGUGAAGGUUAUUGCCACUGCAUUGGGACCUGCUAAAACAGUGAACAGGCCUUUUGAGGACAUCUACCUCAACCAAGAGUUAACUUUGAUGGAGAUUGAUUCCCUCCAAGUCAACCUUCGGAUGGAAGCAGUAAAUGUUGAAAACCUGCUCUCCGUCUACUGGCAUUGUGAGGGUGGUCUGGUGGAAAAUGUGGACCUGGUGGUGGAGGAGUAUCGACUGUCUCGAGGGCUUCUGCCUCUCCGGGUGUGCCUCCUGGGUCCUCCCGCAGUGGGGAAGACUACCUUGUCUUUACAGAUCUGUAAGCACUACAAACUCCAUCACAUUACUGUGAGGGAUACCAUCUAUAAGGCCAUGGCCGAACUGGAAGGCAUUGUGAAGAACCCAGAUCCGGAUGCUGAGGAAGUCGCAGCAGAGGCUCAAGAGCUGCUCAACAGCCUGAAUGAGUCUAUAGAUAGUGAAGAUGUUUCAGAGGAGCAGCUCAAGAUGUUGAGGGACAAAAUGACGUCCAACCAAUGCAAAAACCAGGGUUAUGUCCUUGAUGCUUUUCCCAGCACGUAUAAGCAAGCCGAGGACCUGUUUGAAGACGAGCAGGAGGAUUUCUCUGACAAGUUCACACCAGAGUUUGUGUUGGUCCUGGACGCCACCGACUCCUUCCUGACAGACCGAGUGAUCAACCUCCCCGAGGAAACAGUACAAGACCUCGGCUACGAGCCGGAGAAGUUCCUAAGCCGGCUGGCCAUCUACAGAGAUAACACCCAGGAGGAAAAAUCGGUUCUCAACUAUUUUGAGGAGCUGGAUAUCAGCACUGUGCUCUUGGAGGCCACCAAUGGCGAAGAACCCGCCACCUCGCUCCUGAUGCAUAAGAUUUUCACCACGUUGGGCCCCCCUAGAACGUACAGUCCCAGCCCUCAGGAAGUUGAGGAGGAGAACAGGAGAAUAGCAGAAGAGAGGUUGAAGAAAGAGGCAGAGGAGAGGGCUGUGGAGGAGCAAAAAGAGGAGGAAGAGACCAGGAUCAGGGCUGCACGCUGGGAGGAGUGGACUCAGAGAUCAGAGGCAUCAAGGAUGCUGGAGGAGCUGCACUUGGACAUCCUGACUAAACAGAUGAGAAGCUAUCUGAUGAAGAACGUCAUGCCAACGCUGGGAAAGGGUUUGAUCGAGUGCUGCAGAAUUCAGCCGGCUGAGCCCCUGGACUUCCUGGCGGAGUUCCUGUUCCGGAACAACCCGCAUGACCACCCCCCGUGUGGUGAGGACUCAUCUGAGAACUGUGGUUUUCCUGCGCUGUUUGAUUAAACUGAACAUUUAUUUGUUGAGGGAAACCUGGUUGAGUCGCAGUGUUUUUCUCUCAUCGGAUGUGAGCAGUGUUUGGACUCCUGAGUACUGGCCGUGAC